CCGCCGCGAUGCCGCACUUCCUGGAUUGGUUCGUGCCGGUCUACCUGGUCACCUCCGUGCUCAUCCUGGUGGGCUUCGGCGCCUGCAUCUACUACUUCGAGCCCGGCCUGCAGGAAGCGCACAAGUGGCGCAUGCAGCGCCCGCUGGUGGACCGCGACCUCCGCAAGACGCUGAUGGUGCGAGACAACCUGGCCUUCGGCGGCCCGGAGGUCUGAGCCCGCGCCCAGGGCACCUCGGGUUGGCCACCUGCGCAGCCUGGAGACACUGCGCGCAGAGGGAGGACGCCCCCCUGGUGCUACAUGGCAGCCCACCUUGGGGAGCGCAGGGUGCUCUGGCUGGGGAGAGACGGGGCCCCUGGCACCAUGAGGUUCGGUCCCGGGUUACAGCCGCUGCCGUGGGCGCUCCGUGUCCAUCCCGCACCUGCUCUGGAGACAAACCCCCCACUCCCACCACACGCCACUCCCAGUGCCUUUGGGCUGUCUCCCCACAGUCCGGGGUUCCGGUUACACUCAGCCCCCUACCCUGCCCAGCCCUACAGUGCCACGUGGCUGGCCCCAAGGAAAGGGUGAGGCACCUGUCCUGUUCAUCCCAGCCCCGCUUGCUGGCGGCAGUUUAGAACUGGCCAGGGGCUGGGGGUGGAGGGUGCAGGAGAGCAGUCCCUGUGGGAAGGAGAGGGGUGUGGACACAGACAGCGAGGGGAGAAGCUGUGUGGGAGAGAGACUGGGGUUCCCGGCAGGUCAUCACUUGGUGGUAGGGGUGAGCUCUCUGGGUGGUGAGGGGGCCAUCGCAGCUGUUCCCAUCCCCAUCCCCCUGCCCCUGCCCCAAGGCUGAGGUCGCUGGCA